CGACGGCAGAUCGCAGUCUAGUGGAGUGCGUUGUCGGGUUAGCACGUGUUGAAGUUAAACAUUGAUUUAUUAAUUUAUAAUUUUAUUGAUUCUGAACCGAUAACAGGAGCAAUGUCAAAACGCCUGACAAAACGUUAUCUGACCCCAUCAGACAAAUACGAGUGUCCCCUAUCUGCGGAUACUCGGGCGGUGGCAUUGGAGGAACUCCGAGAAACAGACAACGCAAGAACUCAGGCACUCGAAGCCCUUAGGAAGUGGUUGGAACAGAACCCAAAGUUCAUGGCUGUUAGGAUGGAUUCUGUAUUUUUGCUUCGCUUCCUCCGAACGAAGAAAUUCAGCGUCCCGAUGGCGCAAGAGGCGAUCGAGCGUUAUGUACUGCUGCGUCAGUCCUGGGGCAUCGCCUUCAACCAGCUCGACCACACGCUGCCAACUAUGGCAGAACUCAUUGAUUUAGGAUAUAUCUUCGUGAGUCCAUACAAAGACAAGGCGGGUAGACGUGUGGUCAUAUACAGACCAGGUGUAUUUGAUCCAUAUAAAUACACGAACCAGGAUAUGUGUCGUGUGAUGGGAAUAUGCUAUGAGACGUUAAUGGAGGAUGAAGAGACACAGGUCCGCGGAUUGGUGCACUUCGCAGACGGCGGCGGUGUUGGCUUUCCUCAUCUCACAUUGUUCACUCCAAAGGAGGCUGUGAGAAUUGUUAAAAAUGGCGAGCGUACUAUCCCGUUAAGGCACAAGGAGAUCUACGGUGUAAACGUGCAUCCAACUGUAAAGUUCGCACUCGACUUCGGUAUGGGUCUGAUAUCAGAAAAGAUAAGGAAGCGAGUGAGACUGUACACAGCGGUAGAGGACGUGGAGAUCGAUAAGAAACUGCUGCCAAAAGAAUAUGGAGGCAUAAUGCCGAUGAAAGACAUGAUCGAGCUCUGGAAGAAAGAGUUAUCAGAUAAGCGCGACAUUUUGUUGUUAAACGACAAAAUGGGGGUGCGUUUGGAAAUGUACAGCGAAGCGGCGCGAGAGGGUGCUGUGUCUGCAUUGCGUGGCACCACUUCGUGCAACAACGACGCAGUCGGUGAUGCCAUGAGGGGUCUAACUGGCAACUUUAGAAAGCUAGAAGUUGAUUAAUAUAUUUUUGACUUC